UACUGAACUACAUCUCAGACCAAGCGCCUAUUAAUCCGACGAAGAAGGAGAGAGCGGAAGUUUGAAUUGUUUCCGGUUCAUGCGGGGGUCACUCAGAGGGGGAGAGAAACCUAAAAGACUUCAAAAUGCUGUUACGAAGUGUGUUGCACAUCGGAGGCUUGACGCUGAGACACAGCCGGUCCGUCCACCACAGUCCCAUAUGGAGGAGUCCUCUUAUACCCAUAGUGGUGGAGCAGACGGGUAGAGGAGAGAGAGCGUAUGACAUCUACUCUCGCCUCCUGAGAGAGAGAAUCAUCUGUGUGAUGGGUCCUAUCGAUGACUCUGUAGCCAGUCUGGUUAUCGCCCAGCUGCUCUUCCUUCAGUCAGAGAGCAACAACAAACCCAUCCACAUGUACAUCAACAGUCCCGGCGGUGUGGUGACAGCGGGCCUGGCCAUAUACGACACCAUGCAGUACAUCCUCAAUCCCAUCUCCACCUGGUGUGUUGGCCAGGCAGCCAGCAUGGGCAGCUUGCUCCUGGCAGCGGGAACGUCGGGCAUGAGGCAUUCACUGCCCAACGCCCGCAUCAUGGUUCACCAGCCCUCAGGAGGCGCCAGGGGUCAGGCCACAGACAUCGCCAUCCAGGCUGAAGAGAUCAUGAAGCUGAAGAGACAGAUCAAUCACCUCUACGCCAAACACACAGGGCAGCUGCUGGAAACCAUAGAGGGUGUGAUGGAGAGGGAUCGCUACAUGAGCCCCAUGGAGGCGCAGGACUUCGGUAUCAUCGACCGGGUCCUGGUCCACCCGCCCCAGGCGGGCCAGGACGAGCCCGAGCUGGUGCAGAAAGAGCCAGCGGCGCCGGCCGGUCCAGCUCCACAGCCAGAGUCUGCAGCCCCCGAGCAGGCCCUCCCUGGGACUAACCCCCCCUCCUCAUACAAGCCAGAGCCAUGAAGCCACCACGGAGCUGUGGUGUUCUGAUAGCCGACAGCUUCUGAGGACAAGGCUGCGCCUCCGCGGUGCGUUUCUCCGCUUGUGAGUGGCUCCACCCCCUUCCCUCCCCUCCCUUCCCCUCCUCCCCCUCUGACACUCUGCAGGCAUCACUACAGCGAUCAGAAGGCGUCUCAUAUGAACUCAAUCCAAUGUGUGCUACAUGUUUUUAAAUGACUUUUGGUGAGUUGAUUCCUGAUGAAAUAAAAGUCACAGAAGUGAUGGCUCCACACACACACACACACACACACACACACACACACACACUGGUCAUUACUCCUCUGAAGGAAACUAAUAUUUCAGCUGAGUGCUUGAUGUAGAUGAGGUCAUUGAGGGGGAGCAUCAUGUUCUGUACCUCCGUGCUGCAGACACGUCUACUGCAGAGUGGAGACGACCUGUUGUAUGACCUGUAUUUCAAUACUCAUAUUUGUAAUAAAUAAAUGUAAUAAUUUUGACCACAAUUUUACAAAA